AUGCCUACCAAGCCGAGCGAGAAGGUAGGACAGAAAUGGUACAUAGCAGCAUCUGAAGGGCCAGCGGGUGCGCUCGUGGCAUUUAAUCCUGCAUGUGCAGAGACUAGUGCCCCAUGGGGCAAGGAUGAACAGACCAGAUGGGUCAAGAUCGCAGCCUACAGUGAACUAUCCACAAAAUCGCUGGUAUCAGCCACAGGCUCGCGUGGUUCCGCAACGUCAUCACACAACCGUCUCCACUGGCGUUUUGUUUGGAUCCACCCAAAAGAUCUAUUUUUUUCUGCUCUUGGCACCAAGCUUUCCGUCCCCAUCGCACUGGCAGUUCUACCGUCUUCCACCGGCUCUGCCGUGUCUGCCAACACAAUGGCAUUCCCAUUCAGCCCUAUUCUGGGGCCAGGCAUGCGCGUCACCCACGCAUCGAACAAGGUUUCGCUCGUGUUAGCAUGGCCUGAGGACCACGUAUACAGUCGAAGAUUUUUGCCGGUUUCCCGCGGACUCACACUCGGGAAUUCCGUCUGAGUACCAGAACCCAGAGGAUGCUAGGAAUUAUCAGGCUUGGCAUUCAAGGGCUAGGGGUCCACUACAAGGACAGAGCCUAUAAUUGGGAAGGUUUCCCUUAUAGGAUUGUAUGAU